GUGAAGUUGGUACAGAAUCCGAUGUGCGUCAUGGAAAAUACAAUCUGUCCUCUUCUGUCUCUGUUCCUGCUGUUGUCUGCCUCUGUCUCGUCUCAAGGAACAGUCACCUUGGAAACCGAGGAUAAUCAAGAAACUUCACCACAGAUGUCUAGUCUGCUUUCCUUGGACAAGUUUCAAUAUCUGAAUGCUCCUAAACUUGACGAAAUCAUUACAUACGACGACUUUGAAUGCAUGUUUAGGUGUCUUCACCAUCCUCUGUGUGUUUCCGUAAACCUGGUUGCCGAAGGUGAACUGCGGUGUGAGUUACUGUCACCUCACGAGAACAGCAAUCUUAUCGAGUACAAAGAAAAUAAGAAUGCGCAUCAUUCUCACUUUUUGAAUGCUUGUGUAAGAAAUCCCUGCAAAAACAAUUCCACUUGCCGAAGCGAUUUUACUGGAAAAGGUUAUAUCUGUUUGUGUUCAACUGGGUUCAAGGGCCCGACUUGUCAAGAAGAUGUUGACGAGUGUGCUGAGGGAUCACAUAAGUGCAGUGUUGAUGCUGUGUGUAACAAUACCAAGGGAUCUUACAAAUGCAUAUGCAAACCAGGAUACCAUGGAGAUGGAUUGACGUGCGAGGGUCCUUUCUCUCAUUCGUGCACAGAAAUUUACAAAAGUCAAAGCUCACAGGAGAAUAGAGCUUAUCAACUUCUAGUGGAUUAUGCGAAGGUCAAUGUUUACUGUCACAUGACUGAUGACCUUGACAGCUGCGGGGGUGGUGGAUGGACUAUGGUAAUGAAAAUGGCCGGCGAGAAGCCAAACUUCAACUAUGAUUCAGAACUUUGGAAUAACACUGAUGACUUCAAUCCUAAAGGUGGGGAGACUGGGUUUGACUUAAAUGAGACCAAGCUACCAACUUACUGGAAAACAUCGUUCUCUAAGAUUUGUCUUGGAAUGAAGCUCGGCAAUCUUUCAAGGUUCAUUGUUAUCAAAAAGGAAGCCAGCUCUUUGUACUCACUGAUCGCUGACGGACAUUAUCAUAAAACAUCACUGGGUCGUGACACAUGGAAGUCGCUGAUUGGCUCCGAGGCCUCUUUACAAUUAAAUUGCAACAAGGAAGGGUUCAAUGCUGUGUUUAAAGAUCAGUUUUCCAAAGCAAGAAUUGGUAUCAUUGCCAAUAACCAAAAUGAUUGCAAAUCCUGUGAUUCCAGAAUCGGCUUUGGCACAGGUGGCUCUCCUGACCACUCCAACACGUGUGGGAACGCUGCAAGACACGGAGGGGAUAAUGGCGACAAAGACAUCAAAGCCAUGGGCUACAUCUUGGUUCAGUGACAAGAUAAUCGAUAUAAUCGCCAGGAAAUGGACAAAAAGCUAACCGAAAAGUUUUAAC